AAGGAUAAACCCAGUACGAGAGGUUGAGAACAAAACCUCUCUUCCUCUUCUCUAGAUUCUCUCUCUAUACUAGAAUUCUGGACUCCAUCGCAAAAUUUCCAUGGCAAUUUCAGCAGCAACAACAUCAUCUUCCUCAAAGCUCCUCAUAUACCCUUACUCUUCACCUUCGCCUUCUUCGUCCCCAUCUACCAUCUGUACCCUCCCAAAUGGUACUUCUCGCACCAAACCCACUAACCUAACACUCUCCUCCUCCUUCAUUACCAGUCCUUCCACCGUUAUCUUCCACAAUCCCUCCACCAACGUCCGCCGCCGCCGCUGUUUCACCGUCCGUGCCGCUCGAGGCAAAUUCGAGCGGAAGAAGCCCCACGUCAACAUCGGCACCAUCGGCCACGUUGACCACGGCAAGACCACCCUCACCGCCGCCCUCACCAUGGCCCUAGCCUCCAUGGGCAACAGUGCCCCCAAGAAAUACGACGAGAUCGACGCCGCCCCGGAGGAGCGUGCCCGCGGCAUCACCAUCAACACCGCCACCGUCGAGUACGAGACCGAGAACCGCCACUAUGCCCACGUCGACUGCCCCGGACACGCAGACUACGUGAAGAACAUGAUCACCGGCGCCGCCCAGAUGGACGGCGCAAUCCUUGUCGUCUCCGGGGCCGACGGACCCAUGCCUCAGACCAAAGAACAUAUCCUCCUCGCCAAACAAGUGGGUGUCCCCAACAUGGUCGUCUUCCUCAACAAACAGGACCAAGUGGAUGAUGAGGAAUUGCUUGAGCUUGUGGAAUUAGAAGUAAGAGAACUUCUCUCCUCUUAUGAAUUCCCUGGUGAUGAUGUACCCAUCAUUUCUGGUUCUGCAUUGUUAGCUUUAGAAGCUUUAAUGGCAAACCCUAAUCUCAAAAGAGGCGACAAUCAAUGGGUCGAUAAAAUUUAUGAAUUAAUGGAUAAUGUGGAUAGCUAUAUCCCAAUUCCUCAACGCCAAACUGAUCUCCCAUUCCUUCUAGCAAUAGAAGAUGUGUUUUCAAUCACCGGUCGUGGCACAGUCGCCACAGGGCGUGUCGAAAGAGGUACAAUUAAGGUCGGAGAGACUGUUGAAAUUGUGGGUUUGAAGGAUACUAGAAACACUACUGUGACAGGGGUUGAAAUGUUUCAGAAAAUUCUUGAUGACGCAAUGGCUGGUGACAAUGUGGGGUUGUUGCUGAGAGGUAUUCAGAAGAUUGAUAUACAGAGAGGGAUGGUUUUGGCAAAGCCGGGGACGAUUACGCCUCACACCAAGUUUGAGGCCAUUGUGUAUGUGUUGAAGAAGGAAGAGGGUGGAAGGCACUCGCCUUUCUUUGCUGGUUAUCGGCCGCAGUUCUACAUGAGAACUACUGAUGUUACAGGGAAGGUCACCUCUAUAAUGAACGAUAAGGAUGAGGAGUCGAAGAUGGUUAUGCCCGGUGACCGUGUGAAGAUGGUUGUGGAGCUGAUAAUGCCGGUGGCAUGUGAGCAGGGGAUGAGGUUUGCUAUCAGAGAAGGAGGAAAGACUGUUGGAGCUGGUGUUAUUCAGUCCAUUAUUGAGUAAGAAAUGACUCAACUUGUGCUUUUCACUUUUGGGGGUUUCAAAAUUUAUAUCCUUAACUUUUAUGAAAUUAGUUUUGCCCUUUUGUGCAACAUCUUGGAAUUGAAUUUAGUCUCAUAUAUUCUGCAGCUUUAUUCCUGCUCUUGUUAAGUGUUAAAUGACUUAGUUUAGUUGGGGAAUGUUGGAGCUGGUGUUUUUCAGUCCACUAUUGAGUGAUAAAUGACCCAGCUUGUGCUUCUUCA